GGCCAGCUGAAUGAAGCCGAGCGGCAUGCCUUGAUCGCCGGCGCUGCACGACUGCCGAACGACAUGGGGAACCAAGAUGGGAAGCUGAAGAGGAAUGCAGGUGAUGUGCAUGACGGAGGCGAGGAUGCUUCUGGGCCCAGGGAUGCAGAAGGCACAAAGAAGGGAGCAGGGAGCAAGAAGGGGCUGGGGAAGCACGGCAGAGGGAGUGAAUCUGUCAAAAAGAAGGGCAAGUCGGAGUCCCGAGCAUCUGUGUUUUCCAACCUAAGGAUCAGAAAAAACCUCUCCAAGGCAAAGGAUGGAAACAGCAGCUCGAGGGAGGAUGUUUUAGACAGCCAGGCCUCGCAAACCGGGGAGCUAGACAGCACUCAUUCAAUUCUCACCAAAACUCCCGAUAUAAGCAUUUCUGCAGAUGAAGGAGGUCUUUCAGACACAGAUGUGGAGCAUUUUGAAAACACAAAUGCAACUCGCCCAGCUGCUGCUGAGCCGCAGGAUGGACAAAGGACCAGCUCCGGCUCGGAUACGGAUAUAUACAGUUUCCAUUCAGCCACCGAACAAGAGGAUUUGCUUUCUGAUAUCCAGCAGGCUAUUAGACUGCAAUUGCAGCAGCAGCAGCAGGGGGCAAUUAACGUUGGAACUGAGCAGCAUGGCACCAAAACAAUGGCCCUACACAUGGCCAGUGCUCAGGCAGCCCCCUUAGACUUUGAAAGGUUCCUUUCAGUGAGCAGCGACAAAGACAGCAGUCCAGAUACGGAACUGCCGGUCUCGGCGAAAUCGGAAAUCGCCGACUAUGUCCCUGCCUGUGAGACUGAAAGCGAAGUGCGAGAGCUGGCAAGGGGAGUGGGGUAUCCCUGCAGCAGUGUGUUUGAUAUGCGAGAAGAGCACGGGCGACUGCGGGAGGAGGAGAGGCAAGCCGCCGGGGAGCUAAAAGACGUAUUCACCUCGGAUGCUGCAGUGACAAAAAAUGGAACUCUGCUGGGCAGUUCUGUGUUUAAUUUUCCAUCCCCAGCUGGAGAGUCAGAGACGGACGUGAUUUCUGGAGCAGCGGCAGGUUCAGAGGGAGAGGAGGAUGUUGCAGAUGCAGGCCCUGAUCAGGUGGAGAGAGCCAAAGAGAGGACGUGGGGCAUGGCAGCCAGCAAAGGGCCAUCCGAGAAUGGCUCCUCUGCCGAAAUGAAAAAUGGUACCCUUUCCUCAGAGGAUGUCUCGAGCAGUCCUGUGCACAGUUCCAAAUGUUUUAAGCCCUACCCUCUCAUCAACACCUGCUACAUCAAAACCACCACUAGGCAGCUGAGUUCUCCCAACCACUCACCUUCUCUGUCCCCCUCUGAGAGCCCACUCUUCAAACGGAGACGCGAGUCCUCCUGGAGGAAGGAGAGCACACCCAAGAAGCAGAGGUCGGCCAGUUUGGCUGGUUCGUAUAGCCGAUCGGCAGACUGGACGGAGGAGGUCUCAGUUCACAGAGGCGAAAUAGCUCAGAAGUCAGGCUCUGCAGACUUCUUGGAGUACAGGCGGAGCAAAGAUGGUUUUGAAGGUGAACGAGUGCCUUUGCAUCACUUGCAAAAGUCCUCAGGGAUGUCAGCUUCGACUGAUGCCUUCCCCAAUGUGUUUAGAGGUCGAACUCUGCUGGAAAAGCUGUCCAGCCAGCAGGAGAAUGCGCCACAAGAAGAAGCCGAGAAGCUUUGUUCUUGGAUCAUUGCUAUGGGACUCUUGCUCCCCUUCAGCGAUUGCUUCAGAGAGCCAUGUAGCCAGGGGACGCAGCAGAGCACACCAACUUUUGAUCAAGACCAGCUUUAUACCUGGGCUGCUGUCAACCAACCCACACAUUCCUCUGAUUAUGUUGAAGGAAGAUUUCCAAGGAGAAUUCCAUCGGUGUGGCCACCACCAAAACCUCCAGAUGAAGAGCAGAGAGUGAAACAUGCCGAAAAAGAAUGGGAAACUGCUGUUGCUAAAACAGAGAGAGAACGUGUAGAAGACAUCCAGCAAGUACAGGAUGAUACUGCAAUUAAAUCAGAAGAGCAAGCAAGUGAAAUUCAGCGCCUUGAGCAGACUAUACAAGAUCUGAAAACAAAAAUUGUGGAGUUAGAGAAACAAUUUCCGGGAGCAGAUGCACUGGUUUCCACUAGAAAUCAAUGGAAUGAGAGCAGGCAGCCGACGUGUGAAAGGCUUCAUAAUGCGGCUGUUCAAGAACAUGAGCCACACGCCCUGCCUAAAACCAUAACUGCAAAAUCUGUGCAGACUUCGCCUGUAGACGAUUGUUUAACACACACAAUGCCUUCAGCCAACACACUGCCACAAGCACCUCCCCACUUGAAAGGGGACCCAAGUCAAGGGCCAACUCAGCCGUUGCCAACACUUGAGCCACAGCCAACCUUUUGCUCGGAAAUAUCUUUAGUUCUGUCACCAAAACGGAUUUCAGUGCAGUUGGAUGCUGCCCAAGAAAAGCUCAUGCUGUCACAGACCUCGGGACCUGAUCCAAAUUUGUCAUCGUCUUUGUUUCAGGAGGAAUCGAUGUCCUUGGCUCCCCACCCAGAUCUAAGUACUGAGACUAGGGAUGGCACGGAACACUCCCCUUUGUCCCCCUGCCCUCCGUCUGGUCCCCCCGCUGGACGGCCUGGCACAGGACUGGCCGCUCCCCUGCCUGGAGCAGGAGAGCCCUGUUCAACGCCGCCCUGGUCCGAUUCAGGAGUGCCGCCUCCACCUCCCCUCUGUGCCUCAGGGUAUCCCCCGCCGUGGCCUGGUGCAGGGCCGUCUGCUCCCCUGCCAUUGCCUUCUGAAAGCAUUCCUUCCCCGCCACCUCUUCCUGGGAUGGACAGGCUGCCCCCUGCCCCUCCCGCCCCUCCUUUGCCGGGAGCUGGAAUGCCGUAUGACAUCCCAUCGCCACCACCUCUUCCUGGGAUGGGAGUGCCGCCGCCCCCGCCUUUGCCAGAGGCAGCUAUUCCUCCUGCACCGCCUCUGCCUGGCAUGGGAAUCCCGCCCCCUCCCCCGCCUCUUCCUGGAAAAGCAGCGCCACCAACCCCUCCACCUCUGCCAGGCACGGGGAUGCCGCUACCCCCACCCCCACCCCCUCUGCCCCCAGGAGCAGCUAUUCCAGCUCCACAUCUUUUCCCAGGCAUGGCAGCACCUCCCCCUCCUCCCCCUCUGCCAGGCAUGGGAGUCCCACUGCCUCCACCUUUGCUGGGUGUAGGGGCGUCUUCCUCUCCACCAUCUCUACCAGGUGUAGCAGUACCACCCCCUGCACCACCUCUGCCAGGUAUGGGGGUACCACCCCCUCCCCCACCUUUGCCUGGUGCAGGAGCCCCCCCCCCCCCGCCUCUGCCAGGCAUGGGGGUACCACCCCCUCCCCCGCCUUUGCCAGGCAUGGGGGUACCACCCCCUCCCCCGCCUUUGCCUGGUGCAGGAGCUCCCCCUCCUCCCCCACCUUUGCCUGGUAUGGGUGUGCCAGCCCCUCUGCCUGUUAGCCUUCCCCAAGUUUCUGGGUUUCUUCCCCCACCCUUGCCAGCUGGUUUAUUUGUAAUAGGGAUAAACCAGGACAAAGGUAGCAGGAAACAUGCAAUAGAACCUUCUCGACCAAUGAAGCCUCUUUAUUGGACAAGAAUUCAGCUUCAUAAUAAAAGAGAUUCUAGUGCUUCACUUGUGUGGGAAAAAAUUGAAGAGCCUUCCAUAGAUUAUCAUGAAUUUGAAGAACUGUUUUCUAAAACAGCUGUUAAAGAAAGGAAGAAACCCAUUUCGGACACCAUCACAAAGACAAAGAACAAGCAAGUUGUCAAGCUAUUGAGCAACAAAAGAUCACAAGCAGUCGGGAUAUUAAUGUCCAGUCUUCAUUUAGAUAUGAAAGACAUACAGCAUGCUGUUGUGAACUUGGACAACUCUGUGGUUGACUUAGAGACUCUUCAAGCCCUUUAUGAGAAUAGAGCACAAUCGGAUGAACUGGAAAAGAUAGAAAAACAUGGCAAGUCAAGCAAAGAAAAAGAGAAUGCCAAGUCUUUAGACAAACCCGAACAGUUUCUUUAUGAGCUGUCCCUGAUUCCCAACUUCUCCGAGAGAGUCUUUUGUAUCCUGUUCCAAUCAACAUUUUCUGAAAGCAUUUCCUCUAUCCAUAGCAAACUUGAAUUGUUGCAGAAACUGUGUGAGACAUUGAAAAGUGGCUCCGGAGUUAUGCGGGUUUUAGGAUUGGUCCUUGCUUUCGGCAAUUACAUGAAUGGAGGAAACAGGACGAGAGGGCAGGCAGAUGGCUUUGGGCUGGACAUACUUCCCAAAUUGAAAGACGUCAAGAGUAGUGACAACAGCAGAAGUCUUCUGUCAUACAUUGUCUCGUAUUAUUUGCGCAAUUUUGAUGAGGAUGCUGGAAAAGAGCAGUGUAUCUUCCCUCUCCCAGAGCCACAAGACCUUUUUCAGGCUUCUCAGUUAAAAUUUGAAGAGUUCCAUAAGGAUCUUCGCAAACUUAAAAAAGACUUACGGGCAUGCGAGACAGAAGCAGGAAAAGUUUGCCAGUUUUCAUUAGAAGAACACAUCCAGCCUUUUAAAGACAACAUGGAGAAAUUCAUCAGUCAAGCUAAAAUUGACCAUGAGUUGGAAGAAAUAUCCCUGGCAGAGACACAUAAAAGCUUUUUGGAGACUGCUGCAUAUUUCUGUAUGAAACCAAAAAUGGGUGAGAAGGAGGUGUCCCUAAAUGCUUUUUUCAGUAUUUGGCAUGAAUUCAGUUCUGAUUUUAAAGAGUUCUGGAAGAAGGAAAAUAAGCUUAUUUUGCAAGAAAGACUUAAAGAGGCUGAAGAAGUAUGUAGACAGAAAAAAGGAAAAUCACUUUACAAUAUAAAACAAAAGCACGAUUCUGGAAUUAAAGCAAAGAUAAGUAUGAAAAUAUGAAAGAAGAAAGGCACAUGUUAUUGUCCACCCAUUCCAUAAACUCAGUAUGUCUGUGGGGGAAAUAAGGAAACUACAUCAAUAAGCCAUUAUGUCUUCUAGACCUUCUGCAUUUGUUUUCUGUUUCCACUGCAUUCAUUGAUCAACAGAUUUGCUAUAUAGUGUGCCCAGUAACCAAAAUUAUGCAUCUGAGGCAUGCCUCUUUCAUGCAUCCCAGAUUGUCUUUUCUGUCAAAGCAUCAUUUGUAAUGUAAAUGGAGGAAUAGUAAGAAUAACUCACUCAGCCCAUGUAAGAGUAGCUCAGUCUGUCUUGCACAUACUGAAAACUGUAUAACCAUCUAGCUCCAUAGAAUCGUUACAUUUCCAUUCUUGCUGGCAACGUCGUUUCAGAGCAAAUACACUGCAACAUUGCAUUUAGGAUAGAGGGAAGAAUGUUAUUUCUGAAGAAUCCUUUGUGUCCAUUUGUAGAUUGUAUUUUUGAAUUGGUAAAGUGCUCCUUUUACACUGUUCUCCAAACUUACUUCAUUGCCCAUUGACUCAAUGUUUCUGAUAGAAGUUGAUCAACAGAAUUAUCUGUAUACUUGAUCAGGCGGAGCAUAUUUUAUGUUCUGCCAGAUAUUAAGGGAUGGAGCAAAACAAAGGACAGAUACCUAGCGGCACAGUCUUCUGUGGCUGCCCAUCGCCUUCCAGACUUGGAAAGUUGCAGGAAUCCAUUGGAGUACAGGAAGAGCACUGGGGUGAGCAUUGCCUUGGCACCCCUGCUGCUCUCAGAAGUAUUUGGGGGCUGUCUCAAUGUGUCCCCCCUCUUUGUGAGGAAGAGGGGCUGAAGCAAUGCCUGAAUCUGGCAGAGGCCGGUGCUGCCUCACCCCUCCUCUCCCUGGCCCCUGGAAAGCCUCCUCUGCACCCAUCCCAAUGGGAGUAUUUCAUCUCCAGGGCUUGGCUGGUGUGACUGAGAGGGCAAAAGGGGAACCCUCCAAAGGUGGGCUUCCUGCCACAACCUCUGAAGGCUUUUCCUAAGUUGUAGUGGUGACUCUGCCUUUUCCAAGAGCCAGACAGACAGCGCCUGCUGGUCGCAGGAUUGUGCCUGAAGUGUAGCAAAGUUUAGGACUGACUUGGAGAAUUACUGCAUAUAGGUUGUUGGGUUUUCCCCCCAAAACUGAUGUGUUUCCAGCAUAACAAGCAGCUUACAGUAGACUUUCUACCAGUCUGUAGAACUAAAGGUGUUCUCUUAUAGUGCCAUUCUAGAUCAUGAAGGAUGGUAUUAUGAGCCUUAGUUUUCUGGUAACGAAAUAACACUACUGAUUUUGCCAACUUUACAUUUUAUGUGCACCCACUCUGUAAACGACAUACCAGCUGUCACUGUUUAGCACCUGCUCAGUCUCAGCAACCAGAGCCACCUGAAUGAAUAGUCCAAACUAAUUUACAGCGCCUCCUCCGCACAGCAGAACAUUUGCUUUUUGAAAAUUCUUGGAAAGAGCCAAAACAUAUGGUGUAUAUGUCCAAAAGCCCCUAAGGAUGGAAGGUGCUGGGGUAACACUGAGUUCUAGUCUGCUGAAAUUAAUUUUUCUCUGAGUAGCCCAGUACAUGAUACCUGGUUGUCCAGAAUUUAAUAUGUGGUUCCAGGAAUCACAAGGGCUGCAUAAAUGAUGACCUCAGGAAUUGACUUUUUAAAAUGCCAAGCACUAAAAAUAUAUUUUUCAUUCACCAGGGAAAUUGUUUCCUGUUAUGUGAUCAGCCUGAAAUUCUGUUGUUUCAGGAUAGUUCCUGAUAGUCCCUUUGUAUGUUUUCCCAGAACUACAUUAUAAAAUCCUGUGUGUCAGGAAUAAAGUUAUUUCUUGGGAAAGGGAAAAGAGAAGAUUGUUACAAGAGACCUAUCAAAAGCAAAUAAAGAAGUAAAAGAUAUUUUUAAUAGCACUGAUAAAAACUCAUGUUUGUAUUUAUGUAAGCUGUAGUCUUUUGCUGUUUCACUUUUUUUCAUUUAAAUGCAUUUAAAAACAUGGUAGCAUGUUUUGUAGAGUUCCUUUUCCCUUCAGUAUCUACAGUAUGUAUAUUGCCAUACUAAAUCAAAUAAUAGUACAUUUAACAAAGAUCGCUAUGUGCAAUACUGUAUCUAGUGUUUCUAUUCCAAUUUUUUUUAGAAUGUUAAUUUAUAUGAAAAAUAAAACAAAUAACAA